GGAUCAGAGCGUGUAGGGUUAAACGGUCUCUACCGACUACCAAUCAACACCAAAUUCCUUCUCUCGGUUCGGAACUCUCGUUGUUAGAACUUAGAACAACGUUUAUAAGGCGUAAACAAUCCCUCUUUGAUUCUUUUUCUUUUUCUUUUUCUUUUUCUCUCUCUCUCUCUUCGCAAACGGAAUUCGUAGGAGCAGCAAUUUGGACGCCAUUGAAAAACUGCGCAAGUUCAUCCGUUUACUCAAUUUCGUCUUCCCCCAAGAACUCUGUGUUUUCCGCCGCGGAUGUUUCUGCAUUGCAUUGGAAAUUCUGAAAUUAGGGUUUUAAUGAUGCAGAGAGUCCGGCUAGUGCCAUUUUUGGUGGGUUAUCUGCUCGUUGGAAUUCCUCUUGAAUGCGAUGAGAUUGUAUUCUUGUUUUCUCCGGUUGUAGAUGUUGUGAGCUAGCAGAACUGGGAUUUGAUUGAAGAAGAUUGGUAUACGCCUUUUACUUGUUUCGGGUUAGUCGCGUUUUUGUAUGCUUCUAUUUUGUUGCCGUAUGCAAUUUUUGAGUUAUGGGUAUCGAUUGGUUUUCGUUAUCGAUAAGAUAGAUGGGAUCAUGUGAUGACCCUGCUGUUAUCGGAGAACCGGUUCGCGGCUCUAUUACUCCGCUGUUCGGGUGUUCGAGUCAACCUCUUCCCAAGUAUCAGUCACGCCAGGAGAUGUCUUCCUUGCCAUCCAAUUCUAGUGACUGUCAGAUGUUGGAACCAGAUAGGGGACUGGGAGUGACUGCGACUAAUAUCUGCACGAAUGCAUCGGAGCCUGAUACUGCAGGGGAGGAUGGGACAUCCAGAGGCUUCAAACAUGCUGAUACAUUGCUAUUGGAUAAAAGGUUGGACUGUGAUUCCGGCGAUAGUGAUCCCUGUUUAAAUGAGGAGAACGAGGCUUGCAACGUGGGGAAUGGAGCAUUGAGCUUGGAUAUGAAAGAGUCUCAAGACGUUGAUGAUUUGGUUGAUAUUUUGGGCUGCAAAACUACCAUGGAAAUGAUGUCUUUAGCUGGGUCAUUAAUGAAUUCCGUUAAACCCGAAGGACUUGAUAAUAAUAGUUGUAUAAUUGAUGCUUCUGAAAAAGUUGAAAGCGGUGAUAUUGUAGAAAAUGGUCCUCUUUUAUCACGGAUAGGUACUUGUACAGACGACUUAAAAUCUCCUCACAUCUGUGAAAUUGUUUCUAGUUCAGCUUCUGCCGAUGGAUUGUCAAGUGAUUUCAUACAUCAAAAACAGCUGGAAAAUGAUGGUGCUGGUUGUUCGUUUUCAGAGGUUGCAGACAGGUUAACUGAGGCUUUGGUUGAAAUAGAAGCAGACAUAUUGAAUGAGAUGUCCCCUUUACAGAGUGAUCAAAUACUGCCAAUACAUAUGGCACGAUCAGUUGCCAAUUGUGAACAAUAUAUUUGCCAGAUGGAUGGGAAAGGCUUAAGUGGUACCUCUGGAGAAACAGUUAAUGAAUUUGCUGAUAUGAACAGCAAUCCUGAAUUGUGCUUGCAAAUUUUGCCUUCACAAGGCUGCGAGAGGAUUAGGGAAUGCUUACAAGCUGAUGAUUCACCACUAACCAUCCACUCUCCAGAGAUUAAUCGGUGUGAUGAAAAGCAUGACAGUAAUUCCUUAUCCAAGUACAUUCCAGAAGUUGUGGAAGACGAUUUUGUUGUCUUGACUGAUAAUAAUGGUGAUGGUGGACAACAUAUAGUACCUGAUAUGGAAAAUAACUGCAAUCUGGAGGAAGCCAGUAUUCAAGAGAACACCAACUGUGUUGAGCUACUUGCAUCCCCCUUGCCUUUUCAGCCCUUUAAUUCUGAAAAAUAUGAAUUUUAUGGGAUGUUGAUUGGAGCAGAUAUGCCAAUAAAGGAUAAUUCAUGUAGUGUCAGUGAUCAAGACAACAAUGACACAGAGAAAGUUGGCCAUGUUUCUGAAGUUAAAUGUCCUGAAACAGUUCUCAUGUCUUCUAAGAGGAGUGGCCGAAGGAGACCGUCAAGCCAAAAAAAUGUGACAAAAAGGGCUUCCAGGAAAAGCAAAAAAAUAGUGCCAGAACCGCUGAUUUUUGACACAACAAGAAGAAGGAGAAGCUCUAUAUCUAGGCCAGCUCGUCCCUUGCCUUGGGGAUCACUGGGCUUUAUUAUUCAGUCAUUUGAAAAAAUUGACGAUGCUCUGGCAAAUCAAAGCAAGAAGCAAGGGAAUGAGAAAUCUAAAGGUAAUCAAGGAGGUACCAAGCGGAGUAAGAAACAGCCAAGUGAAAGUUCACAUAGAUCAAGAAAAGGGACCCAAGGAAAAUGUGAUACUUCAACUUCAACCAACCGUAUUCGUUUGAAGGUUAAAUUAGGGAAGAAUGUGGGUCACAAUUUUCUGAACAUUGUGGUUCCUGAGAUUGUUGAUUCAUCAUUGUCUGCCAAGGGUAUCAAUUGCCAUUAUGGUAAUGAAUCAUAUUGGGAAGGUAAUUUGGAAUUUCCACCAAGUGUUGAUGAUCAAAAGCCUGAAGAGGGGUCUUUAAGAAAGAUCUUCUGCUACAGCAAGAAUGAGGAUAAAGAAAAGAAAUGUCCUGAUGCUUCUGUUGUGAAUGAACAAUGUGCUAAUAAUGAUUCAAGUUGCACCGUCACUAUAGAGAAGUCAUCUACAAAGCAUGCAGAUGAUAAUCUUUGUGUUUCCUCCCAUAUGGUUGAGCCUGUAGAAAGGGCAAUUGAUACCAGGAGUUUGGAUCCUGGAACUUCACCUGAUUCAGAAGUGAUAAAUUCGAUGUUAGAUAUUCAAGUUGGAGCAAUGCGUCAGGAAAAAUUGCAGGACUCGGUGUUGCCAUCUUUAGAAGAUUUUGCUGCUUCUGGAAAUGCUUCCAGCAGUAAGAAAGGAAGGAAGAAGGAGAAACCCUGUCAGGCAGUUAGUUGUUCUGAUGAAGCUGGCACAGGUGCUUCGGCUUGCAAUAACAGGUCCAAGUCAUCAAAGAAGCAUGGAAGAAGACUGAACGCGGACAAUCAACUUGGUUCUGGUGAGACAUUUACUUACAAUGAUGCGAAUGUUGUAAACUACUCUUUAACUGUUAAGGAAUUGUCUAUUGAUCAAGUGCCUUUGUCAACAGAGAUUGAACUUCCAGAAGAGGCUUUGAAAGCAGAUGGCAUUCUCGAAGAUAAAGAAUGUUACAGAACAGAUGUUGGCAGUGUGUUUCUUGAAUCAGAGAAUUCAAAAACAUUUCUACCUUCUCAAUCUGCAAGGAAGAAACAUCCCAAAGGUUCAAAAUCUAUUAAAACAAGCAAAGGCAAGUCCAAGGCUCCUGGCUCAAAAAACAAAAUAAAGAAUGCUUCUAAAGAGAGGGUUUACCGACGGAAGUCUUUUAAUAAGAGUAUCAAGGAGGCUUUAUGUGACCGAGUUGUUACUGAAACGGAAAGUCACCAAAUAGUAGGAAAUUACCUUGUAGAUAAGCCCGAGAAAAGCAAUGACAUCAUAGAAUCCACAGUGGCAGUAAAUUUGAAUGUGGUACAGGGUGCUGUGAAUGAGCAGUACAUGCCUCCUCGCAAUGCUUGGGUGCUCUGCGACGAUUGUCAUAAAUGGCGACGCAUACCAGCUUCUCUUGUGGAUAGUUUAGGACAUGCAAGUUGCACAUGGACCUGUAAGGACAAUGUGGACAAGGCUUUUGCUGACUGCUCAAUCCCACAAGAGAAGUCUAAUGCAGAGAUUAAUGCGGAGUUGGAAAUAUCAGAUGAAUCUGGGGAAGAAAAUGCUUCUAAUAAAAGGCUAACUUAUAGGGAAUUAGAUAGUUUUCAUCCAACAACAGUGACUGCUGUUCCUCAAGAGAACAAAUUUACUUCCAUUAGCAGCAAUCACUUUUUGCACCGCAGUCGUAAAACUCAGACUAUUGAUGAGAUAAUGGUUUGUCAUUGCAAACCAGCUUUGGAUGGUCGAUUAGGUUGUGGAGAUGAAUGCUUGAAUCGAAUGCUCAAUAUUGAAUGCGUUCGAGGUACAUGCCCUUGCGGGGACCUUUGUUCUAAUCAACAGUUCCAGAAGCGCAAGUAUGCUAAAUUACGGUGGUUGCGAUGCGGAAAGAAGGGUUAUGGGCUACAGUCAGUUGAGGAUAUAUCGAAAGGACAGUUUCUCAUUGAGUAUGUUGGAGAGGUCCUUGACAUGCAUGCUUAUGAGGCACGUCAAAAGGAGUAUGCAUUGAACGGUCAUCGACAUUUUUACUUCAUGACACUAGAUGGCAGUGAGGUCAUAGAUGCAUGUGGAAAGGGAAAUUUGGGGCGUUUCAUUAACCACAGUUGUGAUCCAAAUUGCCGCACGGAGAAGUGGAUGGUGAAUGGAGAAAUCUGCAUUGGGCUCUUUGCACUAAGGGAUAUUAAGAAGGGUGAAGAGGUGACAUUUGACUACAAUUAUGUAAGGGUAUUUGGGGCUGCUGCAAAAAAAUGUUAUUGUGGUUCUUUCCAAUGUCGAGGUUACAUAGGUGGAGACCCCCUCAAUUCUGAGGUCAUUAUUCAAAGUGAUUCAGAUGAAGAAUUUCCAGAACCAGUGAUGCUUCGUCCAGAUGGUAGAAGUUGGAAUAAUAACUUGCCAACUGCAGUUAGUUUGUUGGAUGGUGUUAAAAAGCAACCCUCAGAGCAUAUAAAAGGGGUUAGGGAUAAGAAAGAUCAACCUAUCAGAACUGCUGUCGAAUCUAAGAUUUCAGAUGAAAAAGAGGAUACUCCUAAGCUUUCUGCCUCGAAGAUUUCAGAAGCAAAAGAGGAUCCUCUUAACCUUUCUGCCUCUACAAUUUCACCAUUGCACAGUUCGUUGGAAUUCGAAGACUCAAAGGUAGCAUCACCUACUCCAUUGGCUGAUAUUACCCAUCAGACUGAAGAUGUGACGAGCCAACCUGUGUUUGUGGAUCAGCCAGAAAUAUCUCCUGGUGACAAUAAUUCUGACAAAAAUACAUGCUCUAUUGAGCAGGAGGCAAAGUUAUCAGUUGCUGAAAUUGAUGCUCGUAAGAAGUCUAAGCUGGAUGCUGUUGAAGAUAAGAAAGUAUAUAUAAAGUCGCAUCUUCGGAUGAAAACAUCGCGUAAACCAGGUUCCAUCAAGAAAGGAAAAGUUAGCUCUGUAGAAAAAGUUCAAAUAACUAACAGGCCCCAGAUUUCCUCUGUAAAGCCCAAGCGAUUGGUAGAUGGUUCUCCUGGUAACCGCUUUGAAGCAGUUGAGGAGAAGCUUAAUGAACUCCUGGAUGCUGAAGGGGGAAUUAGCAAAAGAAAAGACGCCCCUAAAGGAUACUUAAAGCUUCUUCUCCUGACUGCUGCAUCAGGUGCAAGUGCCAGCGGUGAAGCAAUCCAGAGCAAUCGAGAUCUGUCAAUGAUCCUUGAUGCUCUUUUGAAGACAAAGUCACGAGUAGUACUGACUGACAUAAUAAACAAAAACGGUUUGCGGAUGCUGCAUAACAUAAUGAAGCAAUAUAGAAGUGACUUCAAAAAGAUACCGAUUCUUCGGAAGCUUUUGAAGGUCCUAGAAUACUUGGUUAUGAGAGAGAUACUCACCUCAGAGCAUAUUAAUGGAGGUCCUCCUUGCCCUGGAAUGGAAAGCUUAAGGGACUCUUUACUGUCGCUGACAGAGCAUGAUGACAAACAGGUACAUCAAAUUGCUCGAAGUUUUCGGGACAGAUGGUUCCCCAGACAUACCAGAAAAUUUGUUUACUCUGAGAGGGAGGAUGGAAGAUUGGAAGUUUACAGGGGUUCAAACUGCAGUAGGUUUACAGCAUCACACAGUUAUCGGCGUGAUCAGGAUUCCAGACCCACAGAUGCAAUUGAUUGUGUGAAACAGUCAAUGUCUACAUCUCUACCAGAUGCUCAUCCUGCAGAGGUCUGUACUAUGGCUUCCACAGCUGGUCACUCAUUGAAUGGACAAAAAGUCUGUAAGCGUAAGAGUCGAUGGGAUCAGCCUGCAGACACAAGCCUAGAUCUGAGAUCCAAGGAGCAGAAGCUUGAAUCAAAAUCUGUGCAGCAAUUCAAUUCCAGCCAAUUAAGUAGUGUUGGAGUGGUGUCAAUGCUGAUAGACAAGGUAAACAGUGAUGAUAAGGAUUUCUCCCUCUCUGAUUCUGUUGGAGUACGUGGUAGCCAAGACGAUGAUAUCAGGGCAGACAGUGCAGUGCAGAACAUCCCUGAAGAUAUUCCUCCUGGAUUUUCUCCCUUCAGUCUCCCCGUGGCUUCUUCAAGUGCUUUUUCAACAGUUUUAGAUCCUCCCCGACAGAGUAUUGGCAAAUUGAGUAGUGCUUUUUCCACGGUUGGGUACCCACAGGAAAAAUUCAUUUCUUGCUUGCCUGUGUCCUAUGGAAUUCCGUUUUCUAUUGUUGAGCAAUGUGGAACGUCCCGUGCAGAGAAUCUGGAGUGUUGGGAUGUUGCUCCUGGAGUGCCUUUUCAUCCUUUUCCACCCCUACCACCAUAUCCCCGAGGUAAGCGAGGCCCACCUACGUCUGCCUGUGGUACUGCAGUUGAACAAUCUUCUCAAGAAAUGCAGGUCAACUGCCAUGAUUCUCGAACUUCUUUCUCAGAAGAAAACCCUCCUAGUACAAGUAAUUACCAACAGGAUUCAUGCAAUCUAUCAAACAUCCAACAAACAUCGAAACGAGCAAAGGAAUCAUCGUAUGACUUGGGAAGAAAGUACUUUAGGCAGGAAAAGUGGCGUAAUACAAAGUUUGCCCCCCCGAGAACGGAUCAGUGGGGAUACCAGGGGAACUUCAGAAGUGGGGUGAGCACUCCAGGUGAUGACAAUAUACCCAACGAAGGGAUAAGUCUAUAUUGCUCAGAUGAAGCAAGCGGUAGAGGGGAUAAAGCUAAUGAUGAUUUUUAUCAGCAUUUGCAGAACCAAAAUCAGCGUUGAGUCGUAGGAAACUCUUGAUGAAAUUUCAAUAGAAUCCAAUGUAUUCUCAGUUCUUUUUCUUAUUUAGGUUUGAUACUACUCAAUGGAAGGUUUCUUCAACUUCAGUAUGGUAGUGCUCUUACUCCAGCAUUAGUAGUACUAUGCAUGAGGUUGAUCUUUGCUUCCAUCAGCAUAUGAGGUUUUGGAUCUUUAUCCAUCAAUCAACACCUCAAAUAGGUAGGCAUUCUUAUUUGUAAAUCAUUUUCUCACUAAAAUUAAAUUGUGACGUGCAAUGGUUAAAGAUCCCGAGAAAAUAAAAUCUUAAUUGAUUCUUGCUGUCA